AUGGUUGCUCGUAAACACAUCAACGUGGCUGUCGUUGGGGCCGGACCAGGAGGACUGGCCACAGCCAUCGCUCUCUCGGAGUUGCCCUAUGUAUCUGUCAAUGUCUACGAGCGAGCCCCUGAGCCUCGAGAAGUUGGGGCUGGCAUCAGCAUCGGCCGCAAUUGCUGGAAUGUGCUCGAACUGCUGGGUGCUGCCCACGGCGUGAAAGGGGCCAAGAAACAGAUCCCCAUGCAACGAAAUGGUCGCACGGGCGAACUGAUCGUCCCAUACCCAACGCCUCCGCCGCUCGGCGACAAGGAGGCUCAGUAUGAAUCCAUACGGACACGGCGAACACGUCUGCAGGCCGCACUGCUCGACCGAGUCCCGCCCGACACCAUCCACUUCAGUAAAAAGCUCGUUUCUCUGACCGACCUUGGCGAGACUGGCGUUCGCUUGCAGUUCCAAGACCAAACAGAAGUGGUCGCUGAUCUGGUGGUCGGCGCUGAUGGGAUUCGUUCGGUUGUACGGGAGACCUUGUUUCCGGACCAUCAACUGCAGUUCACCGGAGUGACCGCAUGGCGUGUCCUAAUUCCGGUCUCAUCCAUCAGUCAUAUAACCGACUUCCCAACCUCCACCGGAUGGUGGCACGGGUUAAACGGCUACUUCUACUUCUCCCAUGUCGACGACGAGUCAGAGCGUGAACUGUGUGAGAUCACUGUACGGUCGUUCGACGAGCCGGAGGUUACCGGCCGAACAGCCACCUGGGCGAUUCCUUCUACCAACGAACGAGUUCGCAGUCGAACUGGGGAGUACGAUUCCCGGUUAAAAGCAGUCCUGGACGUGGUUCCGGAGGGAGCAUGGAGGGAGUUUGCGAUGGCGGCGGGACCCUGCCUCCAAGAAAUUAAGGGCUGGGACAAAGUCGCUCUAAUUGGAGACGCAAGCCACCCCCUGUCCGGCGCGUUUGGCUCUGGUGCGGCGUUCGCAAUGGAGGAUGCAUGGAUUCUGGCCCGUGCAAUCGAGCAUAGCAUCACCUCAGACACCACGAUCAAGGAUGCACUUGAGAUCUUCCAGCGCAUCCGAGCGCCGUAUUACCAACGGAUGUAUGACUACCUCGAUCGGAAAUCGAGGGAGUCAAGGAAGGCCCAGGUCGAGCACGGUGACUUCGACAACAUCGUCAAAGCCCGAGUCGCGUCGUUUGGAGGGACUGGGCCGGAUUCCUUGGAGUGGAUUUACAAGAAUGAUAUUAAACAGGUGUGGGAGGAGUAUGUCGCGGGCGAGGCUAGAUCAAGGUCUGGGUUGAUGUAG